AUGAGCGAAAGAUUAAAUUUUCAGAGAAACAAAUAUAAAAAUGUGAACAACCAGUUAAGCAAAGCACAAAUAAAUCAAAGACUUAAGAAUAUUAGUUUAACGAAGCGCUUGAUAUCAUAUGAAAGAUAUAUAAAUGCUGUGCCAAAAAAAGAAAGGAGUGAGAAUUUAAAAAAUGAUUGGCACCCAGAAACACCUAGAAUCGAUAAAAAACUGAGUUUAUCUCAGUGGAAUAAGGAAAUGAAAAAAUGGAGAAAACAAGUUCAUGCAUGGGGUAAUAUAUCUGAUGAAGUUCACAGAUAUAUAUGUAGUUUGUCAACUUCCGAAAAAAAUGAUUAUUUAUCUAAAUUAAAAUUACCUGAACUAAGUCAGAUUGAAAUUAAUAAUUUGAAAAAAAGAAAUGAAGAACUUUCAGAUAAGACAUUAAAAAACAUUUUAUUAAUUUCAGAAAAUACUAAUAAUUAUAAUGAACAUAAUAAUAAAAUUAUAGAUAUACCAAUAUUGUUUCUUCCACAAAAUUUUAGUGGUACUAUAAUAAAUAAUGAGUUUAUUAUUAUUAGGCAAGAUUAUUUAGAAAAAUCUCUAAUUUCGUUAAAAGAUUAUUAUACUAAAAAAUAUGAACACUUAUUUGAAAAAUAUUAUUGUCUAUAUCUUAUGCCCAAUGAUUAUAAUUUGAGAAACGGAAAAGAAAGUAAAAUUGGGGAAAAUGAUAUUGUUAUUUAUUUAACAAAGAAGAAGCAAGUCCAAAGUAAUUAUCCUCUUAACAAAAAAGAUCAAAUAAUUGAAUAUAUCAGGAACCAAAAAAUAGAGGCCUCCAAAUAUUUGCAUUUUUCCGACGUGACGAUAAAGAAUAAUUAUGAAAAACAAAAGAAAAAAGGUUUUAUGGUGCGUUUUUAG